AUGAUUACAGAUCAUGAUGAUAGCAUCUAUGAAGAUGCAAACAAUUAUAUAAGACAUGAUACUACAUUCCCAUAUUGUGAUUCACCAUCAACAAAUAUUCAAUAUCGAAAUUCAUUACAAAAAUUACCAAUUAAUUCAAGUGCAAAUAUUGAUUUCAAAAUAGGUAAUCACACUACCAGUACUGCUACUGGAACCAUACCGAGAGAUAAUAUCUAUCAAUCUCCAAAUACCACUAUUCCAAUCCCAGAGUCAAUACUGGAGAGGAAUGAAGAAACUUUACAAAACGCAUCAUUUAGAAUUCUACAAACUAAACUUGCGAUGAAGGGAAAGAGUCUUAAAGAUAAGGAAUCGUCAAUUGAGAAUGGAAAUAUACCCAGACCAAUGUAUUAUAGACCGCCAUCUGCGAAUGUUGAGGAUACUUCUUAUGGUAUUAAAAAUUUCUUACCACCUAAUGUAUAUCUAGGCAACAACCAACAACAACAGCAACAACAGAAGACGAAGAAGAAUAAGAUUCCAAUUAUGUUUGGACAACAGGCGCCAAAGUUCACAACUGAGACGAUAUUACAGAGUAUCCGAGAUGAACAAGAUGAUGAGAAUGUAUUUGAAGAGAAUGGAGAUUAUGUGAAUCCAUCGGGAGAUUGGAUGAAUCCGGUAAUGAAACAAGCAUUGAAUAGACAAAUUGAUCAAGAAUAUGAAGUGAAGAAAUUAUUAAAGAAUUUGAUUUAUUUAAUUACAUUUAUAUUAUUUAAAUCAUUGCUAAAGAAGGUGAUUUAUUUAUAUGAUUUAAAACUUAAAUCUCAACCGUAUUAUAUUUAUUUAAAGAAUAAUCCAAAAUAUGAAACUUAUUUCUCAUCGGAUGAUAUUAAUUUAUAUUUAUUUGUUAUAAGUAAUUUAAUCAUGUUGGUGUUUAUAAUCAAUAUAAUCUGGCCAUUGAUUAAGGUCCUAAAGGGACAAGAUCAAUGUUAUGAUCUUCCCUUGAGUGAAAAACAACGGAAAUUAAUUGGAUUAAAAGCAUUGGAUAUCGAGCCUAAAGAUAAUAAUAAUAAUAAUACCCUGAGUGUGGGAAUCGAUCGGGUUGAUGAAACGGCUGAAUUAACUUUGAAACAAAGAAGAUAUGAUUUGAUUAAUAAAGUUCCAUAUAAACAAAUUCCUAAAUAUACUAAAUUAAAUGAUUAUUCAGUAUAUAAAGGGAAAUUGGCCACUAGUGUUAAACCAACUUCAUUGAUACAACCACAUCAAGAUAGUAAUAUAACGGGACAAUCAGUAUAUUCUGUGAGAUCAAUGUUGAAUCCGGUGGAUAAUGCUACUAAUAUUGCCAAUAAGUCACUUGUUAAACAUGCAUAUUCUCAAGAAACUAUUGAUAAGGCAAAAUCAAAAUUUUCCAAAAAUUUCAAUAUUGAAUUUAAUAUAGAUAAAUAG